CGUUUUUGUGAAAACUGAAUACAGUCUAACAUGAGUUCCUUGGCAGUAGGCAAUAAGCCUCAUGUUGUCUGCAUUCCUUUGCCAUUUCAGAGCCAUAUAAAGGCAAUGCUUCAGUUAGCUCAACUCCUCCACCACAGAGGUUUUCAUAUAACCUUUGUCAACACAGACUUCAACCACAAGCGCUUUCUUAAAUCUCUUGGACCCAACUCUCUUGAUCGCUUUCCCGAUUUUCGGUUUGAAACUAUUCCUGAUGGCCUUCCAAGUUCAGAUGAAAAGGAGUCCCAAGACAUCCCUUUGCUUUGUGAUUCCCUCAGAAGAAAUUGCUUGGCUCCGUUCCGUAACCUCCUCAACAAACUGAAUGGCAAUAUGAAUCUUCCGGUGACUAGCAUUGUCUCGGAUGGCUUCCUGACAUUCACCAUCACAGUUGCCAAAGAACUUGGAAUUCCUAUUGCACAGUUCUUUACCGUGGCCGCAGUUGGAUUAAUGAGCUUCAAAGUAAUUCCCACUUUGGUGGAGAAAGGAUUUGCACCCCGCAAAGAUGCGAGCUGUAUAACAAAUGACUUUUUGGACACGGUAAUAGACUGGGUUCCGGGACUGAAAGAUAUCCGUUUAAGGGAUCUUCCAGGUAGCUGGAAAACUACAAACCCAGAUGACAUCGUGUUUAACUUCACCUUAGAAGCAGUGGAGGGAGCGCAUAAAGCUUCAGCAGUUAUUGUUCAUACUUUUGAGGCGUUGGAGCCAGAUGUUUUGGAAGCUCUCUCCAGCACUACAUCUAUGCUUCCACCUGUUUAUGCCAUUGGCCCUCUCCAAUUACUUCUCAAUCAGAUACCGGAACACCUUUUGAAGUCUGUGGGAUACAGUUUACGGAAAGAAGAAACUGAGUGCCUCCAAUGGCUUAAUGAUAAGAUACCAAACUCAGUUGUGUAUGUGAACUUUGGGAGUAUAGUGGUUAUGACACCACAACAUCUCAUUGAGUUUGCUUGGGGACUUGCAAAUAGCAAGCUUCCAUUCUUGUGGGUCAUUAGACCUGAUUUGGUUGCUGGCGAAUCUGCUAUUUUACCACCCGAGUUUUUGGCUGAAACAAAGGAAAGAGGUCUUAUAGCAAGUUGGUGCCCACAAGAGAAAGUUCUUAACCAUCCAUCAGUCGGAGUGUUUUUAACACAUAGCGGUUGGAAUUCAACUAUGGAGAGUAUUUCCGCAGGAAUGCCUAUGCUCUGUUGGCCAUUACUUUCUGACCAGCGGAUCAACUGUCGCUAUACUUGCUAUGAGUGGGGUAUUGGCAUGGAGAUCAGUAAUGAUGUGAAAAGAGAUGAAGUAAAGAAACUUGUUGAAGAGUUAAUGGUAGGAGUGACGGGUAAGGAAAUGAAAAAUAAGGUCAUGGAGUGGAAGAAACUAGCAGAAGAGGCCGCUGGUCCACUUGGUUCUUCACUUAUAACCUUGGACAAUUUAGUAUAUCAAGUGCUACUAAGCAAAGGCUAGAUGUUAUUCAUACAGUUCUUUUUUUAGAUAAGACUGCUGGUUUAAAUUUCUUGUUAUAUAGCUAGGUAGCUAACAAGUAAUAGUCACCAUAGAUAUAGUAGUUAACAAACAAAUGAAGGUCAGGUUAGUCUUCUGGGUAUAGAUGUAAUCUAUGUGAGCAGCCAAAGUCCUUCCCAUUAAGCACUCUUCUUCUCCAACUCCUUCCCAUUAAGCACUCUUCUUCUCCAACUCCUUAGCUCUGAUCAAUAUCAGCUUGCUCUGUGUCAACAGCCCCAAGUUGGGUUUUCUUAGAAUUAGUUGCUACUUGCUACUGCUGUUUUUGGUUUUUUGUUGAAAAUAAGGUCUACAGCUUCAGCAGACCAACGAACGAAUGAUUUGAAUUUUAUUCCAAACAUUUUUUUUAUCGUAAUAAAAUUGGUUAAUUAAUGUGUUUGUAAAA